GACGAGGAGAGAAAGGAGGAGGAGGGCAGAAGAAGGGGAGGAUCGUCAUGGCGAGCGAGCAAGCGGACGCCGCGGGCCCCGCCGCCGUGUCGGCGCUGGAGGCGGCUCUGCUGGGCGCGCUGGGCCCACGCGAGCGCGCGGUGCUGUACGCGCAGAGCGUGCUGCUGUGGCACAGGCCACGACACAGCGCCCUGCUGCUCUUCGCCCUGCACGGCCUCUUCUGGGGUAUAUCCAAGAUGACGCUCACAUUCAGGCCAUACUUUGUACUGGCGUCAUUUCUGCUGCUGCUGAUAUCUAUAGAGUCAUGGAAAUAUAGAAAGUGGCUUAAAAUACCCAGCAUCUUUGGGAGACACAGAGAUGACUCACCAAGUGAAAGCUGGACAGUAGUUCACCCUGAUCUGCUGAGUGUACCGGAGCUGUGCCGUCGGCUGGCUGAGACUUGGAUCUCCCUCCUUACCUACCUGCACAAUAUACUCGCUUUUAAAAGAGAAAAUCGUGGAAAGUUCUGCCUGAUAGUUUGCAUCUGCUGUGCUGUGCUGGCUGAUGUUGGACGCCGUGUGCCUGGUAUUGUAGUCUGCUACCUCAUCUUACUGGCAGCCCUUCUCUGGCCAUUGGCUUCAUACUACGGCAUAGGACACAAGAUACGCCACCUGUUUGAUGGACUUCUUCACAUGCUGGAUUACAGCCGACAGGCGCUAAUCGCUCGUAGAUCUGCAGGGGGAAGAAGAGAAGAUGAAAAAGGAACAUUGGAUGAAGAUGAGGUGGAAACUGACAGUGAAGAUGAAUUGGCUGCUUUUUACCCAAAGCUGGACCCUGCCACAGCGGAAGAGGCGCUGGCACUGUCUGAGUCUGAGCCAUCGGAUGACGAGGCAUCAUACCGCGAGGCCGUAGGACUGGGUCUGAUGAGGGGAGGAACGCCGCAGCUUACAGACGGCUCGGAUGACAUGGAGCAUCACAGCCAGCACAGUGACCUGGAAGACACGUUUGCGCGUGACCUGGCCGCCUUCCCGUCAGAGCGAGGUGGCGUGGGCCUGGACAGCGACGAUGAUGACACCUUGGGAAUUCCCAGCAUCCUGGAGACACGGCCCAGUCGUCCACGCCCUAACUCCCUACGCCAAAGCCUCCCAGCCGACAACGAAGACUUCUAUGACUCGGACACCGACGCUAUCAAUAGUGAGAUGUCCAUGAGUGGGUUGCCCUCUCCCGAUGACUUUUUGGGAGACAGGAUGCCCGAGGACGUCUUCCUGCCUGCCGACGAUGGUUCAAGCAUGGCAGACUGUGAGGAGGAGCAGCACAGUUCAAUGUUUAUGGGUGGGAAUAGCGGGAACCUAGCGAACGAAAUUGUAAAUGCGGCCUUCACGGCUAUGGUGAGGAACACCCUGUCGGCACUUACAUCAUCCGACUCAACCUCAUCCAACUCCCGCUUGGCAACAUCCCAAAACCAGGCGGCAUCGGCAGGCAGGUCUCGGCAAACCGCCGCUCUCAGAGCUGAGAAGGGAAACCGGCGGCACCACACUCGGGCAGCAGUUGCUGUGGCUGCGGAGCGCGUGCCCAUGACUGCCGCUGAUGCAGAGAGCUUUUAUGCGGACACGGACGAAGAGGCGGAGGAGAUAAAUGACGGGUUUGAGCUACUGGACCAGACAGAACUGGAUCGCUCUGACACGGAUGGGCAGCACGGCCGGGAAGGGCGCGCCUCGGGAGGCAGUGCUCAGACUCGCGGCCAGAGCUCAGGCUUCCUCUCCAAGCUGCUUCGCAAGCGGCAUUAAGGCACUAAGUUCCCCGCGCUAGUUGACUGCUGCUCAUCAUAGUCCAGAAUAGGCUGUUUAUCUCUUAUUUUUCUCUGUUGUGACUCGCCGUAUUUUAUCAUGACACUAUCGGCAACUGCAAGGUUAGCAGUGGAAAUGGUCACGAUCACUGGACUUGCCUUUCACUUGAAUGCAGCUUCUGAACAAAUUAAUGACAACACGUUUCUGGAUUAAUGUGCUCAAAGUAUUAACAAAAACAUAUUGCUUAGAUCUAUUGUGUAUAAUUGUGUGUAUAAUAGCAUUUUUUUCAAUUGCGAUUGGACAAAACAUUGCACUUGACAGUGGCUAGUAUUUUUAUUUUAAAAUAGUGGCAAUUCAUGGGUGCACUCGACCAGUGUUCUUCAACUGCCGAUCUGCGGGCUACAUUGCUCUUGGAGUGGCCCACUGAGCUCUGGCCUGCUGAGACGGAUACACAAAUUGGUGAAAUAAUAGCUAAAUAAUAAACAGGAGAUGGAGAUGAGAACUGUAGACAAAAAAUAAGUUGAGUGAGAUGACUGCAAGAUAAACUAGAUGGAGAUGAUCGAUCUGGAGACCAGAGGUACAGUCAUCCCUAGUACAGGAUACAUCAGAAACUUGGUCACUGACGAAAGACAAUUUAACAAAAGCUGAAAGUACACAAAGAAGCUUGAGAAGCAUGCUGGGAAUUAAACUGAGAAACAGAAAAAAAGAACACGUGGAUUGGUGAGAGACUGCAAGUUGAAGACUACAUAUUGACUUAAGAAAAGUAAGUGGACUUGGGCAUAAUAUGUCGCAAUAAGGGUUAAUGGCCAGUGGUUGGCCGUAGCGAUGGAGUGGCAGCCAAAGGAGUGAAAACACCCCCAGCGCAUGACCACCGUGGAAAUAGAGUGAUGAGAUCGUCUCGUGUUCAGGAUUUAGAUGGAUUGUUGCAUUGCAUGACCAAGAGACAGCGAUGUCUGGGGGGUGUAAGGGUAGGCCUUCAUCUAACAAGAGAAACAUCAUUGCUGAUGUAUGGGUAUUAUGUCAAUGCCAAGUGACAUCGUAAUUUAUGUAUAGGUGACACUGAUAAGAUUUGCAUGUGGCCUGCCAGCACAUGCUAGUUGUUUUGUGGCCCGCUCGAAGAUAUAGUUGAAGAACGCUCCUGUAGACCAUACUUUUAUUAUAUUUGUUGUGGUGCAAUGUGCCCAUUGUGAAUAACAUUGUGUAACAGGAAGCAAAACAAGAGUGAUUGUUACAUUUAUUGUAAAACAACAGUCCCAGUCAAUUUGACCAUUGUUAAUGUAUGUUCUUUGAGAAUUGCAUUAAACAUCCAAGUCACA